CCGGGCGCACGUCGAGGGCUGUGGCCGCCGCGGCAGGGCACGGCCACGCCACCGGCUGCGGGCCCAGGAGCCAGGCGUCGGGACCCAGGUCGAGCUGUCGGGAGGGCAGAGCCACAGGGCCUGCAAAGAUGCUGACUGUCCCGGAGGUGGGCCUGCAGGAGCUGUACAUCGGCUCCAGCCCACCCGGCUCCCCAAGGACCCAGGAAAGCUGUGGCAUUGCCCCCCUCACACCCUCACAGUCUCCAAAGCCCGAGGCCCGAGCCCCCCAGCAGGCCUCCUUCUCUGUGGUAGUAGCCAUCGACUUCGGCACCACAUCCAGUGGCUAUGCCUUCAGCUUUGCCAGUGACCCUGAGGCCAUCCACAUGAUGAGGAAAUGGGAGGGCGGGGACCCAGGUGUGGCCCACCAGAAGACCCCCACCUGCCUGCUGCUGACCCCAGAAGGCGCCUUUCACAGCUUUGGCUAUACAGCCCGUGAUUACUACCACGAUCUGGAUCCUGAAGAGGCUCGUGACUGGCUCUACUUCGAGAAGUUCAAGAUGAAGAUCCACAGCACCACUGAUCUCACCUUGAAGACCCAGCUAGAAGCGGUAAAUGGGAAGAAAAUGCCUGCCCUGGAGGUGUUCGCCCAUGCCUUGCGCUUCUUCAAGGAGCAUGCCCUGCAGGAGCUGAGGGACCAGUGCCCAUCGCUGCCAGAGAAGGACACUGUGCGCUGGGUGUUGACAGUGCCGGCCAUCUGGAAACAACCGGCCAAGCAGUUCAUGCGGGAGGCUGCCUACCUGGCUGGACUGGUGUCGAGAGAGGCUGCAGAGCAAUUACUCAUCGCCCUGGAGCCCGAGGCCGCCUCUGUGUACUGCCGCAAGCUGCGUCUGCACCAGCUCGUGGACCUGAGCAGCCGAGUUCCGGGCAGUGGGCGUCAGGGCGAGCGCCGCUCCAUUGAUUCCAGCUUCCGUCAGGCCCGAGAGCAGCUUCGAAGGUCCCGCCACAGCCGCACGUUCCUGGUGGAGUCGGGUGUCGGAGAGCUGUGGGCCGAGAUGCAAGCAGGAGACCGCUACAUGGUGGCAGACUGCGGGGGAGGCACGGUGGACCUGACCGUGCACCAGCUGGAGCAGCCCCAUGGCACCCUCAAGGAGCUCUACAAGGCAUCCGGCGGCCCCUGUGGCGCGGUGGGCGUGGACCUGGCCUUCGAGCAGCUGCUGGGCCGUAUCUUCGGCGAGGACUUCAUCGCUACCUUCAAAAGGCAACGCCCAGCAGCCUGGGUGGAUCUGACUAUAGCCUUCGAGGCCCGCAAACGCACCGCAGGCCCACACCGUGCGGGGGCGCUCAACAUCUCGCUGCCCUUCUCCUUCAUUGAUUUCUAUCGUAAGCAGCGAGGCCACAACGUGGAGACGGCCCUGCGCAGGAGCAGUGUGAACUUCGUGAAGUGGUCCUCACAGGGGAUGCUCAGGAUGUCUUGUGAGGCCAUGAACGACCUCUUUCAGCCCACGGUCAGCGGGAUCAUCCAGCACAUAGGAAACCUCCUGGAAACCUCCCCAUAUCCAUACACUGGAAUGAGACCCAGAAUCAUCUGGAAUACCUGGAGGACGCAUUGCGGUGGGGAUCGAGAGACAGGAGGGAGGAUGUGCAGUCCUGCCAGAGGCGCUGCUGGCGCGCCCGGAGGUGCAGGGCGUGAAGCUGCUGUUCCUGGUGGGCGGCUUCGCCGAGUCGGCCGUGCUGCAGCACAGGGUGCAGGCGGCGCUGGGCGCCCGCGGCCUGCGCGUGGUGGUUCCGCACGACGUGGGCCUCACCAUCCUCAAGGGCGCCGUGCUCUUCGGGCAGGCGCCGGGCGUGGUGCGGGUGCGCCGCUCGCCGCUCACCUACGGCGUGGGCGUGCUCAACCGCUUCGUGGCUGGGCGCCACCCGCCCGACAAGCUGCUGGUCCGCGACGGCCGCCGCUGGUGCACCGACGUGUUCGAGCGCUUCGUGGCCGCCGAGCAGUCGGUGGCCCUGGGCGAGGAGGUGCGGCGCAGCUACUGCCCGGCGCGCCCAGGCCAGCGGCGCGUGCUCAUCAACCUGUACUGCAGCGCCGCCGAGGACGCGCGCUUCAUCACCGACCCGGGCGUGCGCAAGUGCGGCGCGCUCAGCCUGGAGCUCGAGCCCGCCGACGGAGGCUCCCACGCCGCCGGCGCGUCCCCUAGCCGCCGCGAGAUCCGCACUGCCAUGCAGUUUGGCGACACCGAGAUUAAGGUCACGGCCGUCGAUGUCAGCACCAAUCGCUCCGUGCGCGCCGCCAUCGACUUUCUUUCCAAUUGAGGGCGCAGUGCCAGCCCCCCUCGGCCCAGCUGAACCCUCUUUUGGCCCAGGGCCUGGGGAGCCGGCUGGGGCGGACGAACCAGCCGCGUCCCCCGCCAUCCUGACCGGGGAGAUGAGGUAGCAGGAGGAUGGGUGGGGACACAGCCAGAAACUCUGGCUCUGGGUUUGGGCCCGGGUCCGCUGACUGGAAGGCUGAAGGGCCCUGCCAAGGGGACUUAAAAGCGGUUUGUAAGAUGGCGUGCCCACAGGGGAGCACGUGAUCCUGAAGGCAGAAUGCCCCAGAAAGACUUGAGCCCUGGUCUGAACUGGGGCCCGGGGUGGG